AUGUGCGGCGGUGGCUACCGUCUAAAUCUAUACAGCUACAACGGCCCCACACCAAACCCGAAACUCGUCAUAGCCCAUCACAUAGUAGGGAACACCUACCCGUAUCAGCAAUCUGACUGGGACAAGGACAUCGCCCUCGCGCAAGCGAAUGGGAUUGACGGGUUUGCCCUCAACUACGGGAGGGACUCGUGGCAGCCUUCCCGGUUGGCAGACUGUUAUGCUGCUGCGGUCGGGCAUCCUGGGUUCAAGCUGUUCCUCUCUGCGGACAUGUCAUCCCUUUCCGGCUCUUCGGGGAACGACGCUACUACUCUAGCGAACCAGGUCAAGCAGUUCGCUAACCACCCCAACCAGCUGUCCUAUAACGACGGGGUCGUGCUGAGCACAUUCUCGGGUGAGAACAGCUAUUUCGGUCAGGGGAGCGUGAAUGCCGGUUGGCAGAGUGUUAUCAGCCAGGUUGGCACCGCUGUCACUUUCAUUCCAGCUUGGUUCGUGGAUCCGAGCACGUUUGGGAACUAUCCGGUUUUGAACGGGGCAUUUAACUGGAAUGGAGGCUGGCCGAUGUCGAAUUCUGAUACUGAUUUCUCCAGUGAUCAGCAGUGGAUCAAUGGAUUGAAUGGGAAGCUGUACAUGGCACCUGUCACACCGAACUUCUUCACUCAUUAUUCCCCUCAGACGUACAACAAGAACUGGAUAUACAGGAACGACGACAACCUCUACCCCAACCGGUGGGAACUGCUCAUUUCCAACCGCAACCAGAUCGCACUGGCCGAAAUCAUCAGCUGGAACGACUAUGGCGAGUCGCAUUACAUCGGCCCGAUCGAGGGUGCGCAGCCUAAUUCUCAGGCAUGGGUCAACGGCUUCCCGCACACUGCAUGGCUGGAUAUGACAGGCUACUAUGCACAAGCGUUCAAGAGCGGCGUUUAUCCGUCUAUCACGAAGGAUAAGAUGUAUAUUUAUGCCCGGCCUCACCCUAAAGAUGCUCAGGCAUGCUGUGACUCUGUCUCCCGCCCCUCGAACUGGCAGAACACAGACGACGCAUUCUAUGUUGUCGUCUUCGCCACAUCACCUGGUACACUCAUCCUCGGUACUCCACCAACUCCAUCCUCCACAUCCCCUACAGCUUCAGCAGCCAACCCCUCGACUGCAGCCGUAACAUCCGGGGUGAACAAGUACAAGCUGGCACUUACGCCGGGUAAUGGGAUGCGGGCUACGCUCAUGCGAGGGACCAACCAGGUUCUGGACCUCUGGCCGCAGGACUAUGUCUUUAAUCCCAGUCCGUCAGUGUACAAUUUUAAUGCGUAUGUGAAUAUGGCCUCGACGUAG